CUGGAUUAUGACUGGCAUAGCUCUGCCCACCUGCACUAAAAUCACACCUUUGUUUGCUGGGUAGACACACCCUGAGAUGUUUCUGUGAAGUCCAGGUCUCUAGCAGGACACCUGAUAUUUAUUCUCCACCUAUGCCCUGCCUACUAUGUCACUCCUUUGAAUUGCCAGAUAUCAGAAAGUCCUGCUGACCCAAUUGUUUACAGGAUUUCCCCACCCACUCCUCCCGCCUCCAAGUCCUUCUUGGCUCUAUAUAACCUGCCACACAACAGGAAGGAAGAUGAGGGUGAGGUUCAGCUCAGCAGUCUGAGCCCAAUAUGGAUGGAGCAGUCACUGAGAUUCAUCACUCUGAUGACAGUAAAGGAACAAGGACGUGGGUUGAUCCAGUGACAGAGAUGGCCAUGGCCCCGAGGGGACCUGUACUCCUGCUGCCCCUUGUCCUGCUGACCACUGGCCUGGCCCAGAUCACCGAUGGCGCCAGCUACCAGCAGUUUGUGAACCAGCACGUCGACUUCCCCAGGUCCAGAGUCCCCAACAACCAGAACUACUGCGACCUCCUGAUGCAGCGCAGGGCCCUGACCCACCUCGUCUGCAAACCCAUCAACACCUUCAUCCACGAGCCCGCUGGCCAGCUCCGAGACAUCUGCAGACGCGGAGGAAGACACAUCAAGAGGAACCUCUAUGACAGCAAAAGAACUUUCCGUGUCACCACGUGCCGGGAGGCACCUGGCUCCCGCCCAAGGCACUGUAGAUACAGGGCCUCAGUUCGUGUCACCAGGGUCCGCGUGGCCUGUAACUCUAAUCUGCCCAUGCACUUAGAUCCAAAAUACUUGUCAUGAGCAGGAAGCAGGGGAUCCCUCUUGCCCCCUGGCCCAACUUUGCUCCUGAGGUUGCUAGGGGCUCCUCUGCCCCAUCCUUGCCCCUCCUGAGCAGCACCCACCAUGAGUCUCCACAGGGGCAAUCAGUGUGUCCCCUUAUCCCAUGAGCCGGCAGCUUGGGGCCUGCAGGGGGAUUUCCAAGGCUGGGUGCACAGUUCCCAUCCACACGAGUGAAAAUCUGGUUGCCCAGUCCCCCCAGCUGGCACUGAGAAUCUCAGACUAAUUUGGUUUGGGUGCCCUCUUUUAGUCUCCCAAGACAGACCAAAAUUCCCAUGAACCCCUUGACAGCUGCCCGUUCUCCACCCCACCCUCUACUGCCCCUAGUGCCGAUUAUACUGUGCAGCCCUUCCCCAUCCCUGAUCCACUGGAUGCUGUGUGGAUGUUGUCUCAGGCUGAGCCCUGGGGAAGCUGUCACUGAGUUCAA